UCUCACGCUGACACCUUCAGAAGACACCAUUAAUACUCUUUAUCCAUAGGAACUCUCCAUCUAAUUCUGAACAUAUGAUCUCUCCCUCUCUCCGGCACUUCUGACGUCAGUGCAUCCGGAGACAGACAGACAACGUUACUGACUGGAAGGAGCGAUCAAACAAAGGACUCGGGAAAGCAGGUCUGUUCACUCUCCAGUUCCAGGAACGAGAUAUCUUCCACUGCAUCCUGCCAAAAGCUGAAACGUGGAUAGGUGAAGACUCUGCCUCCUCUGUUGACCGGCCCUAAGUUUUAACCAAAGUAUUUUGGACGCAGUCAGGAAACAACAAUGGUGAGCAGGUUGCUCAGUGGAAACUGCCUGGCUCGGUUCUGCCAGAAGCUAAACAGAGUGAAAACCUUGGAGGAGAAUAUGAUGGAGACAGCUCUGAAUAGGUGCCUGUCUACUCUGGACUUGACCAUGCUUGGCAUUGGUGGUAUGGUUGGCUCCGGCCUUUACGUUCUCACUGGCACGGUUGCCAAGGACGUUGCCGGCCCUGCUGUCAUCAUUUCCUUCAUCUUUGCAGGUUUUGCGUCGCUGCUGGCUGCCCUUUGCUAUGCAGAGUUUGGGUCCCGUGUGCCUAAGACAGGCUCGGCUUAUAUGUUCACCUAUGUCUCUGUUGGCGAAAUCUGGGCCUUCAUGAUUGGUUGGAACAUCAUUCUGGAAUACAUGAUUGGUGGAGCUGCAGUGGCACGGGCCUGGAGUGGCUACCUGGAUUCCAUCUUCAACCACAAGAUACGGAACUUCACCGAAAUGUACAUUGCCACAUGGAACGUACCCUUCCUUGCCCCCAACCCCGACUUGCUGGCUGCAGGGAUACUGCUGGUUGCCACAGCAUUUGUCACCUGUGGGGCCAAAGUGUCCUCAUGGCUGAACCAUUUUUUUGCAGCCACAAGUUUGGGAGUGAUUCUCUUCAUCCUGAUAUUUGGUUUCAUACUGGCAGAUCCAGCAAACUACAGCGCCAAGCAUGGUGGCUUCGCUCCCUUUGGGUUUUCAGGAAUCAUGGCUGGCACAGCAACCUGCUUCUUUGCCUUUGUGGGCUUUGAUGUCAUUGCAGCCUCCAGUGAAGAGGCUCGCAACCCCCAAAAAUCUGUCCCCAUAGCAACAGCCAUCUCCCUUGGCCUGGCCACCAUGGCCUACAUCUUCGUAUCCACAGUGCUCACCCUGAUGGUUCCCUGGCACUCAGUGAAUCCGGACUCUGCCCUCUCUGAUGCCUUCUACAGACGAGGAUACUCCUGGGCUGGAUUCAUCGUGGCUGUUGGUUCCAUUUGCGCAAUGAACACAGUUCUCCUCAGCAACCUCUUUUCCCUCCCCCGGAUUGCCUACGCCAUGUCUGAGGAUGGACUGCUCUUCAAGGUGUUUUCACAGGUGAAUCCGAUCACCAAGGUCCCUGUGAUCGGCAUUGUGGCCUUUGGAAUCCUGAUGGCCAUCAUGGCACUAGUGUUUGACCUGGAAUCUCUGGUGCAGUUCCUAUCCAUCGGAACACUGCUGGCCUACACCUUCGUCGCUGCCAGCAUCAUUGCGUUGCGAUACCGGGUGGAAAAACCCGACUCUACCCAGUUGCCAGCACCAAGUCAAAAUCCUGAACCCCAGGACAGUGGGGGACUGAAAGAGUAUGAGUCUUUUUCGGAUAAACUCCAGCUGGUGGAGAGGCAAAAGUCAACCAAAGUGAAAAGGCAGCCAGGUCAACUGAAGUCCUCCUUUGAGCCUUAUUUACGCUUCCUGGAUGACUUUGCUCCAGGAGAAAUUGUGACAGUGGCAGUAGUCACUCUGGUGGGCUGUUCGGCUUGCCUGGGUUGCAUAGUGAUCUUUGGUAGUAGCUACCUCCAUCUGCCACAGUGGGCUUUCAUUUUAUUCACCAUCUUCUUUACAACUGGCUUUCUCCUCAGCUUGUUCCUCAUAUGGAUUCAUGAGCAGCAGCAAAAACUGAGUACCUUUCAGGUUCCACUGGUGCCCUUGAUUCCAGCUGUGAGUAUUUUACUGAACGUGUUCCUGAUGUUAAAGCUCAGUUUGAUGACCUGGGUGAGAUUUGCCAUUUGGUUAGCUAUAGGUUUUCUUGUCUAUUUUGGUUAUGGGAUAUGGAACAGCAAGGAGAACCUGAGAGAGCCCAGAGCUCGGAACGUCAGCGCCCGCUACAUCGUACUCCCCAGCGGCAGCUUGGUGGAGACUGUCCAGACUGUGCAACCAGAAUCACAGGGUGCCACAGGUUUGGGGGUGAUGACUGAAGAAGAGGAGGGGAGAUAGUAGUGAGCAUGGGCCAGUCAACUUUGAGGGGGAAAUUCCCUUCAAUGCUUGCCCCUCUAUAGCUGCCACCACCACCACCCUAUGCCUCACUGUCCCAGAAGUAGACGGGCAGAGUCCCCGUACUCGUCACUGGGAUUGCGGGGUUCUGGAUCUCACCACUCGCUGCAUUGAUGUUCAUUUCUCUCCAUGGCUGCUGGAACUUAGUUCCAGAUUGAAGCAAACAAUGCACAAAACACUGGAGGAACUCAGCAGGUCAGACAGCAUCUAUGGAGAGGAAGAAACAGUCAAUGGAUUGGACCAAGACCCUUCAUCAGGACUGUAAAGGAAGGGGCAAA